CCGAAUACGAAAAAACUGUACAUUCAAUCAUCUAAUUUUCUGAUAUAUUUUUCAUAAAUUUUUCAUACGUAACGACGACUACGUCAUGAUGGAUCACAAAUUUGUCCUCUUUUUCGUAUUCCUCCUAACCAUUGGACAGGGAGAACUGUUAUCGCAUCACGACGCGGUUAACAAGCUUAGUAAAUGGGGAAUUAAGCUGAACUGCUAUGAUGCUAAUAGAAACAACAAGCGUUGUACAAGUUUGCAAGACAUUCGUUCCGACACUAUUGAUUGGCUCAUAAAUUUUAAGAGGACGAACAACUGUAAAUUCGUUGUCACUGGGGGAACCGAGCAUGCCCACAGAGGUAAGGGGAUCAACACUCAUGAGGGCGGGUACAAGGUGGAUCUUCGAAUUAACGAUUGUCUCAACAGAUACAUCAUAAAUAAUUUUCAUUUCAUUUGCAACACAAAUUUGGGGCCAAAAUACUUGUCCGGAUCUGGAGCAAUUGUACUUAAUGAGACAAAAUAUCCAGCCCAUUUUGACGCCCUCUGGCCUGCUAAACGAGUGACUAAUUUGAGUCAAGUAAGACGCCGUACAAUAUGUAAGUAGAAAUUGGAUAAGAUUUGAAAAAUUUUUGAUUUGAUCAUUGUUCUAAACUUGUGAGUAAAUUGGGGUCGAGUAAAGUUUAUUGUGGUGCGAGAAGUGUCAUGUUUGAAUGUAAAAUAGUUUUGAAUAAAAUUUUGUUCCGUGUUCUUUAAA